ACGGCCCCUUGCGUCAACUCUUUGCUCUAGACUAGUCUAGACUGGGCCAGUGGGACAUUUCAGCCUACAAAGGCUGGCUAACUGGGUAUUUUCAAGUCUUGCUAGGCAGUUUAUUGUAGGCCCAGUCAAUCCCCAAGCGUCCUUAUAGGCGCUACAUUAUCUCUCAUCCCUCUCCUUAGCUCUUGGCCCCUGUCAUUCACGCGUUGCUUCUUAUCAAUCUUCCUUUCACUCGAACAUGGGUUUUUUGACUGCCGAUUACGUCGUCGUUGGCGGUGGCUUGACUGGAUGCACCCUGGCCUCCCGUCUGAGUAAAAGCGACGAUAGACCUGAAGUCAUCCUCGUCGAAGCUGGGCCCGACCCAUCCAGCAAUCCCGCUACUACCGGCUUCUUAAGUGGCUUAUCGCUUUUAGGAGGCGAACUUGAUUAUGCUUAUCCAAGCGAGCCGGUGGCCAAUACGGCUAAUCGUGUGCAUUAUCUCAACGCCGGUAAGGCACUAGGUGGAGGAAGCAUUCUCAACUUUGGUGCUUGGUUACGAGCAGAUGCUGCCGAUUAUAAUGAAUGGGCGGAGGUAGCCGGGGACCAGCGCUGGAGCUACGAAGGCCUUAAACCUUGGCUUAUCAAGUCCGAGUGCUUCAAAGAUCAUCAAGCAGACGCCUCAGAGCAUGGUUUCGAUGGCCCUAUGCACGUUACUCCCGUCUCCCAAGACGAGUCGGGCGCACGUGUAUACCCCCUGCGAGAAACUAUAAGACAGGCAUGGGCCGAAAUAGGGGUCGACCACACUACAGGCCUCACUGAGAUGCAGGAGAAUUCCCGUGACGGCCUCCGGCAACCAUCCAAUAUCGCUUACCCACUCGAUAACGUAAAGGUCCUCAGCAACACCGCUGUACAUAGAGUUACAUUUACUGAUACCAAGGUGACCGGGGUGGAACUGACCGACGGCCGCAAGAUCAUUGCGAGGAAAGAGGUUAUCCUCUGCGCUGGCGCUUACCGCACUCCUCAGAUCCUGUUCCUCUCAGGUAUCGGCCCCUCUGCGAUCCUCGCUGAGCACGAUAUCCCUAUGAUACACGAAUCCCCGCAGGUCGGUCAAAAUCUCCACGAUCACUUUGCCAUUUACCUCGCCUUUCGCUUGCGCGAUCCUUCAUUGGGAUAUGCCCUUGGAAGCGCUGGCUUUCAGAAGCCCGCGUUCGCUAAGGGGUUCCCGUGGGACUGGGUUGCCAGCCAACCUCUGCCGGAGGAAAUCAUUACAAAGAAUGAAGCCGAAAUCGACCUGAAGAAACGGAACUUCUACGAGAUCGUGACUGCUUACGUUCCUCCUGGGAUCCCCGGGAUCCCCGUAGAUGGCUCACAUAUUGCGACGUCCACCAUGCUUCUCCUUCCUACUUCUCGCGGGACGGUCACCAUUCGGUCCAGCUCUCCAGCCGACUUUCCCCGCAUCCAACCUAGUUUCUUCUCUACUAAACUUGAUCGCGAUGCUCUUAUUCACGCCACCCGUCAAACUUUGAGGGUUAUUCUGGCAACCGAAUCUAUGAAGCCUGUCGUCGAGAGCGAAUCCCCACCUUCCGGGGAAGGCCUGGACGUCUUGGCACCACUGACCGACCAGUCAAGCGACGAAUUGAUCGAGGAGAGAAUCCGCCUCACCGGAUCGCAGCACCACCACUCCGGGGGCACCGCGGCGAUGGGCACAGUGGUUGACGGAGAAGGACGAGUGCUAGGUGUCCGAGGACUUCGGGUUGCUGAUGCGAGUAUCAUUCCGGUGCCUCUAGGUGGUCAUCCACAGUCUACGCUCUAUGCUAUGGCCGAACAGCUGGCCAGUAUGAUCCUUAAAGCCAUGUUAUAAGUGCGCAAAUAUGUCAAGACAGCUUCAGAACAACAAGAUUGUUGUGGGCUUUGUCACAAGCGUAAAAGAUCUUGCUAGUAUUCCGAUCUUGGAGACUUUUACUGGUUUCAGCAGAUCACUCAUAUUUGGGUUGCAAGUAUGUGUAACUUUCGUGUGUUGAUCUCAUCCUAAGUGUUUUAACUUCUAUCGCUAUCGCAAUCAAGGCUCGCCAUAGCACUGUUGAGUAUAGUCAAAACACAAAAAAUAUUAAGAUUAAUAUAUAAACAAGACAACUAGGGGUCAAAAGGUUCAUUGGCACAAUGAAAG